AUUACAAGUGGAGUAGAAGAAGGCCUUUCUCCCCUUCUCUACUCUCCAAUUGAAAACCAAAACACCACAGCACCACCACGCCUCUCUCCCCCAACAUCUGCAUAGCUUACGUCUCUUUCUUCAAUUUUGGGUUCCCAGCUUUUUCCCCAAUUCCCUCAAAGAACAAGUCCAACUUGCCUCUUCCAAACCCCAUAUUUAACCCCCAUUUCCUGCUCUCUGUUCCCAUUAUACACAUUUUAGUGAUAUUUUAGACAAACCCAAUUCCCCACAUCAACCUCCCUUCUUGAGUUCAUCUCAUUUCCUCAUCCAAAACUCAAUCUCAGACUUGGGUAGUCAAAUCUACCCAACUCCUCAUCUGGGUUCCUCUCAUUUCUUCACAAAAGCCUCAAACUUGAUUUGGGUCAUCUCAUUUCCUCUAAAGCUCUUACCUUUAUCUGCAAAGCCUCAAACUUUGAGCUAAAGCUCUCACCUUUAUCAAUGGGAGACUCAUCUCUUGGCCUGGACGACUCACAAGCCGUACAACUCACCGGAAAAAUCAUGAUGAUCGCCGUACUAGUCCUCUUCUUAGUCGUCGUCUUCGUCCUCUGCCUCCACCUCUACGCCAAAUGGUACUGGUGGGACGUUGUCGACGAUCCCAACUCCUCCACCCGCAACACCGGCCGCAGACGCCGCCGUUUCGUCUUCGCUCCCGGCCAGGAAUCCGGAGCCCCAACCCUCCGGCGAGGUCUAGACCCUUUAGUCCUCAGCUCUCUACCUUUAAUUGUCUUCAGUCCUGAAGACUUCAAAGAAGGGUUGGAAUGCGCUGUGUGUCUCUCUGAUCUUGUUCAAGGCGAGAAGGCAAGGUUACUACCGAAAUGUAACCAUGGAUUUCAUGUUGAGUGCAUUGACAUGUGGUUUCAGUCACAUUCCACAUGUCCGCUUUGCCGGAACGCCGUUGUUCCGGAGGCUGUGGCUCGCUCUGAUUCCUCUAUUUCCGAGCUUAGUGUUGAAAUUCCAUCGCCUGCCGAGACUUUGGCUUCUGGGUUUUCUUCAGAGUCUCCAAAUUUCCCUACAAAUGUGUUGUUCUGGGGUAACCAGACAAGGGUUAGCUCCGGACCGGGUUUGGAGGAAGGGACUUCGGCUCAGGGACCAUGUCCCUCUUCUUCUUCGGAUACUAGAAGACCGGAGGGAAUGUUGGUGAUUGACAUUCCGAGUGAGAGUCCAGUGACAUCAUUAGCAUCGCCUUCACCUUCCGGGAAUAACAGGUUUGCUGCAGCCGAGGAGGACUUGAAGUCUCCGGUGCCGACGAGGUUGAGGUCAUUGAAGAGGCUGUUGAGCAGAGAUAGGAGGAUUAGUCCUUGUAGUCCAAGCUCGGCUGUUGAUGUGGAAGCAGGGAGAGCACAAAGUUAGGAAUGUAUUUGCUGCACAUAUUUGAUUUUAGAGGACUACUUUGGACCAUGAACAAUUUGUUCUUUGAGAGGGUCUGAGGUGAUUAGUAUGUCCAAUUCUACAUCCCUGGGAAUUGAUUAGGUUCUUUUGGAGAUGAUGUCAAUUUGCUCAAUGUUCUUUUAUUCUUGGGGGAGGUGAUCAAAGCUAUCAGAGGUUGGAGCUUGAAGUCUCUUUGAGUCUUUGUUGUACAAGAUAUUUAUCAAUUUAAUGUAUAUCUCUUACUUUAAAACAGACUUGGAACAAUUGUUGAAUGGAAAUGCAGGUUAUGGGUUUGAUAGGUUAAAGUCUUAAACCCUUGUUUGUUUUAGGAAUCAAGAAACUAGCCUUGUUUAGUGUCUGAAAUUUCCCUCAGUUAGAUAAGCAUAUCAAUCAUACCAAAUUUGGAUUUUGGAUGCUAUCGUUUGGCAGUUUAGUAGGUGCAACUGAUUUUAUGUUGUGACAUUGCUGAGAACUUUAAU